AUGUGCCACGAGGAGAUCGCAACCAACGGCUGGACUAGCACCCCUGCUAACGCGGGUGCUAUCUUUGGUAAUCGGCCUUUCAUUAACAAGCCGGAGCCGCUUGCUAUUAAAGAAAUCGAAUUUCCAUUUGAUGAUCCCACCGUCGCGAAGACUUUGAAGUAUGCAAAGGAAGAGUUGCACCCCAAAACCUUCAAUCAUUCAAUGAGGGUUUUCUUCUAUGGCAUGGCAAUCACACGCCAGCAAUUCCCUAAGCAAGCUGCUACACUAAGUCCUAUUACUUGGGCUCUGGCAUGUCUGUUGCAUGAUAUCGGAUCGACGGAGACAAACCUAACAGCGACCCGAAUGUCCUUCGAUAUCUACGGCGGCAUUAAAGCCCUCCAAAUUCUCAAGGAUUUCGGCGCGACUACCGACCAAGCCGAAGCAGUCUCGGAGGCAAUUAUUCGACACCAAGACCUGGGAGUUGAUGGGACGAUCACAUACGUUGGUCAACUGAUCCAGUUGGCUACCAUUUAUGAUAACGUUGGCGUCCAUCCCAACGUCAAAGAUUUCGGUCAAAUUAUCCACGAAACAACUCGGACCGAAAUCAACGAGGCCUAUCCACGAACGAAGUGGUGCGAAUUCUUCGCUAACUUUGUGCGCGAAGAGGAGACAAUUAAGCCUUGGUGUCAUUCGACUCAUAUCGUCAACUUUGACAAUAUUGUCGAGGCCAACACUCUCAUGAAACAAUGGGAAUGA